CUCCAAGACCCAACUAUUGUAUUGAUCCCAUUGUAUAUAUAUGGAUAGAUAGCAUAACAGAAGAACAGCCUUUAUUCUUCACUUCCUCUUCUUCUUCUUCUUCUUCUGCUUUCUCACUCUUUCAACAAUGGCUUCCACAUGUACGGCCACAACGCCUUCAUCUCUGAUGAUAUCCUAUUCCGCGUCAGCCUCCUCCUCAUCUUCCGUACACCCACAGGACAUGGUCAUUUCCUUCAAGCCCAACCCACUCUCUACUCGAGCUUUCUCUCUCUGCCCUCUUGUUCUCCGUCGGAGAGACAAAUGGGUCGAUGGGUUUCUGCCCAGACAGGAUUCCCGACACCGCCACGUGGCGGCGGCUGUGGCGGCGGCCGAGGUUGACGUGGCAGAGGUCGCCGUGGAGGAGGAGGAUGAGGAGAAGGUGGAAGGAGGAGUGGAAGGUUCUGGAGGGUCUUCGGCAACUGUGACUGUUCCUAAGCCGAAGAAAGGGAAAGCUGCUUUGACUCUCAAGAGAGAUAGAACGAGGUCUAAAAGAUUCUUGGAAAUCCAAAAGCUGAGGGAAAUUAAACAAGAGUAUGACGUGAAGACCACGAUUUCUUUGAUGAAGCAAAUGGCGAGUAGCAAAUUUGUGGAAACAGCCGAAGCCCAUUUCCGCCUCAACAUCGACCCUAAAUACAAUGACCAACAGCUGAGGGCAACUGUAAAUCUUCCGAAGGGAACUGGACAGACUGUUAAAGUUGCUGUUCUUACUCAAGGUGAAAAAUUCGAAGAAGCAAAGAAUGCAGGAGCGGAUUUGGUUGGUGGAGAAGAUUUGAUAGAGCAGAUUAAAGGAGGAUUUAUGGAAUUUGACAAGUUGAUUGCUUCUCCAGAUAUGAUGCCCAAGGUGGCUAGCCUAGGAAAAAUUCUGGGACCACGAGGGCUCAUGCCGAAUCCAAAAGCUGGUACAGUGACCCCUAACAUUCCUCAGGCUAUAGCAGAAUUCAAGAAGGGAAAGGUUGAAUACAGAGCGGAUAAAACAGGAAUUGUUCACUUGCCCUUUGGAAAAAUCGACUUUCCCGAAGAAGAUCUUAUUGUAAACUUGAUAGCAGCUAUAAAAUCAAUAGAAGCAAACAAGCCAUCAGGGGCAAAAGGGGUUUACUGGAAAAGUGCACACGUCUGCUCAUCCAUGGGGCCUUCAAUUAGGCUAAACAUAAGGGAGAUGCUUGACUUCAAGCUUCCAUCAGAUGUUUGAAGAAUACUACAACAUGUAAAUGUCAUCUUCAAAUUGUUUAUUCCGCCCCACGGUUUGCGGGCGCCACAUCAUGGGAAUAUUUAGAAAAACAUGGUAGAAGAGUAACUAGGAUGACAGGAGAAAGGAAGACCUUGACAUUGUAUCUUGGUUCAAGACUAUUUAUAGAAAAAGUGUCUUCUACUACAGAAUGAGAAAGACCCUGUAUAACUUUUUGUUUAUCAAAUGUCAUCAAUCUUAUAUUACUCUUAUUAUUUAUUUGCCAGUGCAGUAGUAGGAUCAUCUGUUAUAGGCU